GUCUGCGAGCGGCAGGGCAGGGCCGGCCCCGCGCUCCCGGCUCCGCGCUCCGCGCCCCGCGCCCCGGGCAUGGAGCGGCUGCUCGCCCUGCUCGCCGUGCUGCACGGGCUGCGCCCGGGCAGGGCAGCCAUGCCCGUGGAUGUGCUGCAGACCUUGGGCGUGCAGCACGGCCGCGAGGGCAUCUCCGUCACCACCGGGAUCUGCGCCCAGCGCCCGGGGGCCGACGACCCCGACUUCGCCUUCCGCGUGGACAACCGCACCCAGCUCAGCGCACCCACGAGGCAGCUCUUCCCAGACGGCCCCUUCCCGGAGGACUUCUCCAUCCUGGCCACGGUGCGCGCCCGGCGAGGCGGGCAGGCCUUUCUGCUCUCUGUCUACGACGAGCGGGGCGUGCAGCAGCUGGGCCUGGAGAUCGGCCGCUCGCCCGUCUUCCUCUAUGAGGACCAGGAUGGGCAGCCGGCCCCGGAGCAGUAUCCCGUCUUCCGCAAGGUGGACCUGGCCGACGGCAGGUGGCACCGCGUGGCGCUGGCCGUGGAGGGCAGGAACGUGUCCUUGCUGGUGGACUGCCACCUCCUCGUGACGCUGCCCCUGGAGCGGGGCCCCCAGCCCCUCGUCAGCACCGAGGGGGUGACGCUCUUCGGGGCUCGGCUCCUGGACGAGGAGGUGUUCGAGGGCGACGUCCAGCAGCUGCUGAUCGUGGCCGACCCCGCGGCUGCUCACUCCUACUGCCAGCUCUACAUGCCAGGCUGUGACCAGCCCCUGCUCUACCCGCUCGUGGCCCCCUUUCCCGAGGAGGGCGGCCCCGAGGCCACGGCCGCCCCACGUCGGAAGGGCAAGAAGGGCAAAGGGAAGGGCAAGCGCAAGGGCAAGGGCAAGAAGAGGAGAAACAAGGAGCUGCUGGAGCAGCAGGAGGCCCCGGUGCCCUCCGCCGCGGACGACCAGGGCGCUGGCGAGGCCACGCUGCCGCGGGAGGCCGGCAGCGCGGAGCCGCCGGCGGGUGGCGAGGACGACGCCGGCGAGGAGUCCAGGCACCGGGAGCGCUUGGCGCCGGCCGCGCGGCCGCUGGAGCAGCCGGGGACGUGGGUGCCCCAGUCUCCCGUCUUGCAGGAGCCGGGCACCAAGGGCGAGAAGGGCGAGAAGGGCGAGGCGGCCGCCGUGGAGCCGGGCCGGCGGUUUGUGGGGCCGCCGGGACCCCCGGGCGCUGCGGGGGAGCCGGGUGCCCGGGGGCCGCCGGGGCCACCGGGGCCGCCGGGAGACCCCGGAGAGCAGGGCCCCGCGGGACGGCCGGGGCUGCCGGGAUCCCAUGGGAGCCGCGGCCCGGCGGGGACCACGCUCAUGCUGCCGUUCCAGUUCGGCGGAGACUCCCCCGAGGGCCCCGCCGUCUCCUUCCAAGAAGCCCAGGCCCAAGCGGUCCUGCAGCAGGCGAAGCUCGCCAUGAAGGGCCCCCCCGGCCCCAUGGGGCUCACCGGCCGCCCGGGACCGCUGGGUCUGCCCGGACACCCCGGCCUGAAGGGCGACGCGGGAGACCUGGGGCCGCCGGGCCCGCGGGGGCCGCCAGGGCCGCCGGGGCCGCCGGGCAAGCUGGGCAGGCGGGGCCGCGCUGGAGCUGACGGCGCCAGGGGCCUCCCGGGAGAAACCGGACCCAAGGGCGACAGGGGCUUCGAGGGGCUCCCGGGGCUGCCGGGCGAGAAGGGCCAGCGGGGCGACGCGGGGCCGCUGGGCCCCCCGGGCCCCCCCGGCCGCAGAGGCGCCCAGGGCCCCGACGGGCUGCCGGGACCCCGCGGGCAGCCGGGGGAACCUGGCGCGCGAGGUCUCCUCGGCUCGCGUGGCUCCCCCGGACUCCCCGGACCACCGGGCGCUGGCGGCAUCGACGGAGCACCCGGGCCUGAGGGCAGCACGGGCAUCCCGGGGGAGCCAGGCCCGCCAGGACAACAGGGAAACCCGGGUCCGCAGGGGCUGCCUGGCCCCCAGGGUGCCGUGGGGCUGCCAGGGGAGAAGGGCCCGCCAGGGAAGCCGGGGAUGCCGGGUGUCGCCGGGGCCGAGGGGCUGCCAGGCCACCCUGGCCGAGAGGGACCAGCUGGAGAGAAGGGCCUCCAGGGCCCUGCGGGCUCCCCUGGCCCCGUCGGCUACCCGGGACCCCGUGGGGUGAAGGGAGCUUUCGGCGUGCGCGGCCUGAAGGGCAGCAAAGGCGAGAAGGGAGAAGACGGAUUCCCUGGCUUCAAGGGGGACAUGGGGUCGAAGGGCGACAGGGGCGACCAGGGCCCGCUGGGCCCCCGGGGCGAGGACGGCCCCGAGGGGCUGAAGGGGCGGACGGGCCCCCCGGGCGCGCCGGGCGCCCUGGGCCCCGCCGGCGAGAAGGGCAAGCUGGGCGUGCCGGGCCUCCCAGGCUACCCCGGACGCCAGGGCCCCAAGGGCUCUGCCGGCUUCCAGGGCCCCGUGGGGCUGGCGGGAGAGAAAGGCAAGAGGGGCAAGGCCGGCCAGGCUGGGCAGACGGGACAGCGAGGACCCCCGGGCCUGCCGGGGGAGCGCGGCCUGCCCGGCGCCACGGGGACGCCCGGCCCCAAGGGCGAUGCUGGCCACGAUGGGGCCCCCGGCGCCGCAGGGGAGAAGGGCCCCCAGGGCGCGCAGGGCCCCAGCGGGUUCGCCGGCGCCAAGGGGCCCCCCGGCCCCGCCGGGAAGGACGGCUUGCCGGGACACCCGGGGCAGCGCGGAGAGCCGGGCUUCCACGGCACAACGGGGCCGCCGGGCCCCGCCGGCGUGGUGGGACCCCAGGGCAAAUCGGGCGAGACGGGGCCCGUGGGAGAGAGGGGGCACCCAGGCCCCCCUGGCCCCCCGGGGGAGCAGGGGCUGCCCGGAGCCGCCGGCCGAGAAGGAGCCAAGGGAGACCCCGGCCCGGCUGGCGUCCCCGGCAAGAACGGCCCCCCGGGCAUCCACGGCUUUGCUGGCACGCGGGGCGCGCCGGGAGAGACGGGUCCUCCUGGCCUGAAGGGUGAGGAAGGCCCCCCCGGCCCGCCCGGCCCCACAGGUUCCCCCGGCGAGCGAGGCCCCACCGGGGCAGCUGGAGGCAUCGGACUGCCGGGCCGCGGGGGCGCGCAGGGCCCCCCCGGCCCCACCGGAGAGAAGGGCUCCCCGGGCGAGAGGGGCCCGAUGGGCCCGGCCGGACACGAUGGCAUCCAGGGCCCUGUGGGGCUGCCGGGCCCAGGCGGCCCCCCCGGCCCGGCAGGAGAAGACGGCGACAAGGGCGAGAUCGGGCCGCCCGGGCAGAAGGGCAGCAAAGGCGACAAGGGCGAGGCGGGCCCCCCAGGACCGACAGGAAUCCAGGGGCCUCUCGGGCACCCCGGCCCCGCGGGAGCGGACGGGGAGCCCGGGCGCCGCGGGCAGCAGGGCAUGUUUGGGCAGAAAGGAGACGAGGGCUCGCGGGGCCACCCCGGCCUCAGCGGCCCCCCGGGCCUGCAGGGCAUGCCAGGCCCACCGGGCGAGAAGGGGGAGAACGGAGACGUCGGCCCCAUGGGCCCCCCCGGCGCCCCGGGACCGCGCGGGCCCCAAGGACCCAGCGGCGCAGAGGGCCCCCAGGGAAUGCCGGGCGGCGUGGGGCAGCCAGGUGCCGUGGGAGAAAAGGGUGAGCCAGGCGAAGCAGGAGACCCUGGAGCCCUGGGGGAGCCCGGCCCGCCCGGUGUGAAAGGGGAUGUGGGGGAGAAGGGGGAUGCAGGACAGCCAGGAGCAGCUGGCCCCCCUGGCAAGAAGGGGCCCCCAGGAGAGGAUGGAGCCAAAGGCAACUUGGGCCCCAUCGGCUUCCCUGGAGAUCCCGGCCCCCCUGGAGACCCCGGCGUGCCGGGCCUGGACGGCGCUGCUGGAGAGAAGGGCGACAGCGGGGACCCCGGCCUGCCGGGCCCCCCCGGUGCGUCAGGGGAGCCGGGGCCCCCGGGACCCCCUGGACGGAGGGGGCCAGCAGGGCCAGCUGGGCGCGAGGGCCGUCAGGGCGAAAAGGGUGCCAAGGGCCAGCCUGGCACGGAGGGGCUGCCCGGGAAGAUGGGCCCUGUGGGGGCGCAGGGCCCUCCAGGGCGGCCCGGCUCCGAAGGUCUCCGUGGAAUCCCUGGUCCGGCUGGUGAACAAGGUCUGCUGGGAGCCCCAGGACAAGCAGGACCACCCGGCCCCCUGGGCCCUGUGGGCUUGCCUGGCCUCAAGGGAGACCCUGGCCACAAGGGAGACAAGGGCCACGCGGGGCUGAUCGGGCUCAUUGGACCUCCAGGAGAGAUGGGAGAGAAAGGAGACCAGGGGCUGCCAGGCAUCCAGGGUCCCCCAGGACCCAAGGGAGACCCUGGUUUGGCUGGACCCACAGGUCCCACCGGCCCCCCAGGACCCCCUGGGCUCUCGGGACCCUUGGGCCAGAAGGGCUCCAAAGGCUCACCGGGUGCGCUGGGUCCCAGAGGUGACACGGGUCCCCCUGGGCCCCCAGGGCCACCGGGCCGCCCAGCUGAGCUGCUUGAGCCACUUCCCUCGAGCAGGGCCAGGAAGCGCCGGCAGGCUGUGGACAGGGCUCCAGGGGAGCAGGGAGCCCCCUCAGAAUACGAGGGGCUGGAGGAGGUGUAUGCUUCGCUCAGCUCCCUGCGCACUGAGGUCGAGCAGCUGAGACGGCCCCUGGGCACCCCCGAGAGUCCUGCUCGCGUCUGCAGGGAGCUGCAGCUCUGCCACCCCCACCUCAAGGACGGCGAGUACUGGAUUGACCCCAACCAGGGCUGCUCCCGAGAUGCCUUCCGGGUUUUCUGUAAUUUCACGGCUGGCGGCGAAACCUGUCUCUUCCCUGAUAAGAAGUUUGAGGCUGUGCGGCUUGCUGCCUGGAACAGGGAGAAGCCGGGAACAUGGUACAGUACCUUCAAGAGGGGCAGAAAGUUCUCCUACGUGGACGCAGAUGGGAAUGGGGUGCCCGUGACCCAGCUCACCUUUCUGCGUCUCCUGAGUGCCAGCGCCCGCCAGAACUUCACGUUGAACUGCCAGAACGCAGCCGCCUGGUAUGACGCUGGUGCCAGCAGCUUCGCCCGCGCCCUGCGCUUCCGUGGGGCCAACGAUGAGGAGCUGGGGCACGGCCACCCUGCUGCCCUCAUCCGGGCCCUCCGCGACGGUUGCCAGGGACGCCAAGGCCAAGAGCGGACAGUGCUGGAGGUGGCCUCGUCCCGCGUCGAGCGGCUGCCCCUGACGGACGUGGCCAUGGCUGACUUCGGAGACGCCAACCAGAAGUUCGGCUUCGAGCUGGGCCCCGUGUGCUUCCUGGGCUGAGCGUGGCCCCAGACGGCGCGCGGGCAGGGGGCUGCUCCGCCGCCUCUCACGCCAGGGACAGUGACCCAGUGCCUGCCCUGGCACACUCAGGACUUGGAGCUGCCGCUGCGCGCCCCCCUCCUGCCCCUCUUAUUUAUACUGCCGGCUCCCAGGCGGACGAGCUGGGGCAGGGCGCCCCGGACUGUCGGGAGUGGGUGCGAGCCGGCGCCCUCCCCAUGGUGCUAUGAAGCUCCCCGAGAGCCCCCUUAGUGAAGCACUGGACAUGCCCUCGGCACGGCAGCACUGCGGCACCACUCGCCCAGCCCCAUGGGCGCCGGAGCACUGGGACCCCCGUGCAGCCCUCUCCCCAGCCCUGCAGCCCUGCUGCCGCCAAGUCUCUGCCGUCCGUCGUGGCUGUGCCUGCCCAUGGCUCCACGUACGAGCCAGGGCUGCCUCCUCCGUGCCUGCAGCUGCUCGGCCGCUCUGCGGGAGAGCCCCACUGCACCGGGGGACUGCGCCCCGGCCGGCGGCAGCAGCUCGGGAGCUGGGGUGUGCGUGGGGCUGGGCGCAAGGUGCAGCCCCGCUGCCCAGCCCAGCGCCCAGCUCUGUGCUGUUCAGUGUCUUGACCCCAGCGCCUUGCGGUCGCUGUACCAUAAACCAACUGUAUUGAACCUCC